GCAUCCCCGCGGGCGGACGUGCGCGCGACCGCGCAGCGGCUGAAGCUCCUCUUGGCGCGCUUCAUCGUCGUCGCGUUCCUGGCCGAGCGCCUCCAUGUCUCGCGUUUAUCGGCCAGCGCGAUGACUUCACGUGCCAAUGGCGUGGCGCCUCCACCUGCGACGGGCAAGGCAUCCCUGUUGCCGCAGCGACCGCUCGCCGCAGCCAACUUCCUGUACCCGGAGGCCAGUUCAUCAGGCUCGGCGGCGCACCUGCCCCCAGCCAAGGAGCUCAUCCGCCUGAAGGGAUGCACGCUCUUCCCGCCCAACGCCAGGCUGCCCCCGCCGUCCACCCGGUCGCGGCCGCCCGGCUGCAAGACGGUGUUUGUGGGCGGACUUCCAGAGCGCGCCAGCGAUGACAUCGUCAGGGAGGUUUUCAGCUCCUGCGGCGACAUCGUGGCCUUACGCAAAAGCAAGAAGAACUUCUGCCACAUUCGAUUCGGCGAGGAGUUCAUGGUGGACCGGGCGCUCCGCUUGUCAGGCUACCGGCUUCAUCUGGGCUCGGCGGACAAGAAAGACUCGGGCCGAAUCCACGUGGACUUUGCGCAGGCUCGAGACGACUUGUAUGAGUGGGAGUGUAAACAGAGACUGCUGCAAGGAGAAAAAGGCCAAGGACAGCAGGAGCCGCCGUCGUUGCUGCCGCUGCCGCCGCCGCUGCCGCCGCCGCCUCCGCCGCCGCCUCCGCCGCCGCCUCCACUCUCCCUCAUGCCGCACUUCUCAGAGCAGGAGGCGGCCCUCUUGGCUGAGUGCCUGAAAGACAAGCAUCGGUUCAGCUGGGCCGCGUCGGUGCUUUUGUGGUGGCUGGACGGCGGGCAGGUGAACCGCGCCAGCGCCAACCACAUGUACGCUUUGCUGCAGAGCGCCAACGCACACGCUGGACGACUGCGCAGAGACGCCGCCCAGCAGCGGCGGGUGCUGCGCAAGGCCAGGGCUGCCUUCCGCUGCGCCCUCGCCACCAUCCUCCAGCAGUUGGACCAGGUCUCGUCCGUCUUGGCGGCGUCGGGGCGACAAAAGUCUCGGGACCACUUCUCCAAAGCUCAGCGCAAGAACAUUGACCUGUGGACAAGGCAGUGCCAGGCGGACAGCGAGCAGCUGUCGGGGCUCAGACGUCACCGUGACGACGAGGACGAGCCAGAUCUUUUCAGGAAGAAGAUGAAGAUGGCCAAGAUGAGCACGUGCGGCCACCGAGACGAAGAGGCUUUUGAGGAGGAGGAGGGGGAGGAGCUUCUGAGCCAGGAGGCGGAGCCGCGGAGGGGUGAGGCCUCCGUGCCGCCGCUGCUGCCAGCGCAACAGGUGUUGAGCUUGCGGGACGAGCCGGCGAGCGAGGAGGCGGAGCUACAGCGGGCCCGCACCCAAGCUCACUUCCUGGAGGGGGCGCCGCUGUUGCUGCAGCAGAGUCAGGUGAUGUGCGGCGGCGCGGAGCUGCGGGAGAAGGUCAGCGCUGCGCUCGGACCGCUCGGCUCAUGUGCACAUCAAGUGACGGGCGUGCCUGCGCCUGCGCCUGCGCCUGCCUUUUGGUCGUCGUCGGCUUGGCACGCGAGUGGAGAGAUGGGAGGCGUCCUGGUGUCGGAGAAGGAGGCUCUGCUCCUGGGCGUGGUGUCGGCUUUCCUGCACGUUCAUCCGUUCGGGGCCAACCUGGAAUACUUGUGUUCCUACGUGCGCACGCUGGACUGCCAGGUGUCGUCGGGGCAGCUGGAGCGACUGAUGGUGCGUCUGCCCCUCAUGUUCCGUCAGGAGCUGAGCGGCGUGGGCGCCACGCUGGAGAAGCGCUGGAAGUUUUGCGGCUUCGACAGCCUCCGCUCCGGCUGAGGUCCGGCCGAGGGAGGUCCGCGUCUUUUCUUCUGGCUCGGUGUCGUGGAGGAUGAGCGCCCGGAAUUUGCGAGCGUAUCGUCCUUCAUCCUUCAAGUGCGAGUCGAGUUAGUAGGAGUCAGCUCAAAAGACUUGGCUGGAAGUCAUAAAGGCGGAAGCGCUCGGGUUGCGGCCUCGCCGUUGCCCGGCGUUUGACGGUCUACUUUGUCGGCCCAUUCAAACAAAAAAGCCGCCGCCAGUUUUGCCACUUUCUUUUUGCCGCCGGGCCUUUCCUUUUGAAGGUCUCAUCUGAGCCCGCUCUGCCUCAUUUCUCCAGCUGCUUCCUUGGUUUUUCCAGACGUGCAUGGCAACCUCAACUUUGGACCGUGUGUUUUUGUUUCCAGCUCGCAUCGUGUUUUCUUUCAAUACUUUGUGUGUUCCAAUUAGGAAGCAAAAGGACAAACCUUGCUUUGAUGCACAAAUAUGGACAGAAGGCCCAAGUAAGCGCUGAGCUGAGCGAGGACCUGGUCAUCUUCUGAAGCUUUAUAAAGGCCCUCUCUAUAUUUAGCUCCAUUGCUAAUUCUGGUGCAUCUACAGAAAUGUUCCUUCAUUGAUGUGCGCUGUCCCUGUCUGUCGGUCGGUCUGUCCGUCCGUCCGCCCGCCCGCCCGUCUGUCUGUCAAAUAAACUCAUCAAACCAU